AGCCCGUGAUGUAGGGAGAGCUGCUUCUCGCUGACCUGCAGCUGCCGGUUGUCCUGGAGGCUUUCACAACAGCCACCCCUAGACUUGUCAUGGAAUUAAAGAAAACUACAUCCAGGGCGUGCAGUGCUGCUCUCCUGCUGCCACUUCUCCUCUUGUUUUUGGGAACUUCAUCCUCUGAAAAUGAUAGCAGCUGUUCAUCAUUCCCAUGUGAAAACGGAGGGAGCUGUGAGGAUUUGGAAGUGGGUUAUCAGUGCACCUGCCCCAUGCAGCCUGUAGCCUACACGGGCACAAACUGUGAAAUUCUCUAUGACGCAUGCCUCAAACACAAUUGCCCUGCCCAUAGCGUUUGCAACAGGACUGAAGGACUCCUGGAAUAUGAGUGCAUCUGUAUGCCUGGCUUUACAGGUAGUGAUUGUAACAUUAAUAUUAACGAGUGCGAGAGCAACCCCUGUAAAGAUCCUCGUUUUGAAUGCGUAGAUGGUAUAAAUGGAUACACCUGUAAAUGCCAAACGGGACUGGAUGGAGAAGGCUGCCAAACAGAAAGCUCUGUGUGCUCUAGCCACCCCUGCCUAAAUAAUGGGACGUGUGUUGAGGGUCCUGGGGACUAUGCCUGCAUUUGCCAACCUGGCUUCACUGGGGCCCACUGCAAAGACAACAUCGAUGAGUGCGCCUCCAACCCGUGCCAGAACGGAGCCAUCUGCCGAGACAGGGUAAAUGAGUAUAGCUGUUUCUGUGUGCCUGGCUUCCAAGGAUACAACUGUGAGAUAGACAUCAACGAGUGUGCGUCCCGGCCCUGUAAAAACAAUGGCACCUGCCUGAAUGAGAUGGAUCACUAUUUGUGCAAGUGCAUCCCCGGCUACACAGGUAUAAACUGUGAUGCUGAAAUAGAUGAAUGUGCUUCAUACCCUUGCCAGAAUGGGGCCUCGUGCAUAGAUCACAUUGGGUUCUACACCUGCACCUGUGCACACGGUUACCGAGGAAUCCAGUGUGAGGUGGACAUCAACGAGUGUGAGAGCCAGCCGUGCCAGCACAACGGGACGUGCCGUGACCUCAUUAACAGAUACCAUUGUGACUGCAGUGAAACAGGUUUUGAAGGGGACCACUGCGAAUUGGAUAUCCUGGAGUGUGCCUCUGAGCCCUGUCUGAACAAUGCCACGUGUGUUGAAGGAAUCAAGAACUACAGCUGUGCCUGUUGGCCAGGUUACACAGGACAGCACUGUGAAGAGGACGUGGAUGAGUGUGCAACAGAUCCCUGUUACAACGGAGGUGUAUGCCUUGAACGAUCCAACCAGUCCUAUUAUGGGACACGACCUGACUUCCCCCGUGAUUUCAGCUAUAGCCAAGCAGCCGGUUUCCUCUGUUGGUGCCAGCCAGGCUUUGCAGGGGAGACCUGCUUUACGAACAUUGAUGAGUGCGAGUCCCAGCCGUGUCAGAAUGGAGGGCACUGCGUGGACCUUGUGGAUGGCUUUCUUUGCCGUUGCCUACCAGGUUAUUCAGGUGUGGAAUGUGCUGUUAACAUCAAUGAGUGUGAGGAGGGUCCCUGCAAGAAUGGAGCUGUCUGUGAGGAUGGCAUUGCUGACUAUACCUGCCACUGUGCCCCUAGCCAGGAUGGCAUUGUAUGGGGAGGGAAGAACUGCUCUGUCAAGCUCACUGGGUGCCAGACGCAUGACUGCCAAAAUGAGGCCUUGUGCAUCCCCACCUACCAAGCUGAGAGCCACGGCCACCUGUGCCAGUGCCAGCCUGGUUUCUUUGAUGCCACAUGCUCAACACCAACAACAUUUUCCUUUGCUUCCAGAGGGUAUCUCCUCAUUGAGCUGCCCAUGAACAAUCAGAGCAGGAGGGAGAUAGCAGGAGAUCAGCUUGCCAGUGUGUCCCUCCGGUUCCGAACCACCUUGCCCAGCGCCAUCCUUUUUUACCGAGGCCAUGAAGCUGAAUACUUGUUCCUGGAGCUCUUUGAUGGCAUUCUGCAUGCAGGACUGAAGAGCGAGGAUGUUGGGUACCUGCUGCUCCUGGAGGGGCUGAGAGUUGAUGAUGGCCAUUGGCAUAAAGUAGAAGUUGUUUUGCAGAGCACUGUGCAGCUAAAGCUCUGGCAUGACUCUUGUGAAGCAGGUGUCUGCCUGCGGAGCUCUCCUGUCCCACACGGCAUGACUUCUAUCCCGCAUGGCACGGCUUCCAUCCCGCACGCCUUCCUCAGCGUGUAUAUCGGAGGUGCUGGGGAUCCAAUGGCCAGCAACACACAGAGCCAGCAGGGCUUUGUCGGCUGCCUGCAAGACGUGCAGGUGGAUGCUGAAGCUGUGCUGCCGGUGGAUCUCCCGGUGAACGAGUCGUCCCCAGUGAGGCUGGGCUGUGACCGCACGGAGUGGUGCCUCUCCAGGCCCUGCUCGCACGGAGGGCUGUGCGUGGACCUUUGGGCAACGUUCAGGUGUGACUGCUCCAGGCCUUACGGAGGCCCUGCGUGCUCCUACGAACGCCCAGCAGCAACAUUUGGCCUGGAGAAUUCUACCAGCUUUGCCUCUUUCAUCCUUUCUGAUAGCCUUGGUGCCGACUUCAACAUCUCCUUUUUCAUUCGGAGUUUGAAACCUAAUGGUUUGUUAUUGCAGAUCAGCAAUGGCACAGGCCCUGGCCUCACUGUGUACUUGAAAAACGGCAAGCUAAGGAUAGAGAUGUUAGCUACAGACACUGUGACGUUUCCAGACAAUGUAGUUGAUGGGAGAAGACAUUUGGUAGCUCUGUCUUUCCAAGGAGGAGUUGUUGGUGCCCACCAAUCUGACACGUACGUGGAGCUGGGACACCUUGUAGGAACCCCUCUUUUAGCUGGCUAUGCAGUGUAUAUCGGUGGGCACCCUAACCCAGACAGCGCUGACGUGUGGGGCGGCUACUUUAAAGGCUGCUUGCAAGACAUCCAGCUGAACAACCACCAAAUAGAGCUUUUUCAGCUUGAGAACUACAGCCUCCCACAGGAACAAAAUGUGAAUCUGGUAAAUGGAUGCAUCUCUGAUAACACCUGCAAGUCCGCGCCAUGUCAGAACGGUGGCAGAUGCAUCGUCACUUGGAAUGAUUUCCAUUGUAGCUGUGCAGCAAAUUUCACUGGGAAAUUUUGUGAAGAGAGAGUCUGGUGUGAAAGUGACCCAUGUCCUGAAGCUACCACGUGUAUAGAUGUUCUAGCAGGAUAUGUGUGUCUGGCUAAUGCAACAUUUAACAGUGACAGUGCCGUUGAAUUCACCACCAACACAUCAGUGACCAGAACGCUGAGCAGCCUCCACGUGGAUUUCAGAACCAGGGACGAAGAUGCUGUUUUGCUUCGGGCUGAGGAAGAAGUGGAUUCCCUCCAGAUAGCCAUUAAGAACUCCUCCCUCCUUGUUGACAUCAGGAGUGGGAACAGUAUUGAAGGUGUCAGCUUCCUGAGUAAGAAGUCUGUCACGGAUGGUGCCUGGCACACAGUCUCUGUGGCUAUGGAAGAGCCGUCUGCACUUUCAUCCAGAUGGGUGGUUGAUUUGGAUGGGGCUGUUAACAUGACUCUGCAGGGCAACGCUGGGAACUUGGACUUCUUAAAGAACAAUGCGCUGAUUGUUCUAGGUGAAAACUUCACUGGCUGCCUCGGACAAGUUAAGAUAGGGGGGAUCUACCUGCCGUUCACUGCCCACCUCUCGUACCCUCAACCAGAACAGUUCCAGCAGUCCAGCAGAAGGACCGUCCAGCUGGGCUGCGUGGGGGCUGAUGUUUGUGCUUCCAGCCCGUGCCUCAACGCCGGCACCUGCCAGGACUUGUUCAACUCCUUCAGCUGCGCCUGCAGUGCUGGCUGGGGCGGGCGGCUCUGCGAGUCUAACAUUGACGACUGCCAGCCAAACCCUUGUGUUCAUGGCAAUUGUGUUGAUGCAGUAGCAGAUUUUCAGUGUGAUUGCUUCCGGGGAUACAUUGGGAAGAAGUGUGACAUCAAUGUGGAUGACUGUGUGCGGCACCAGUGCCAAAAUGGAGCCACCUGCAUUGAUGGGGUUUAUGGCUACUCCUGCAAGUGCCUGCCACAGUUUUCAGGACCUCGCUGCGAAUGGCCGUUCCCACCCGAGCAGUGCGGUAAGAACUUCACUUGUCUGAAUGGUGGCAAGUGCAUCACUGAGACCUGGGGAGCCAACUGCAGUUGCAAGCCAGGUUUCACUGGAAGGAACUGUCAAAUUAAUAUAAAUGAGUGUGAUCCAAAUCCUUGCCAGAACGGAGGUACAUGUCAAGACUCUGAGAACAAAUACGAGUGUUUGUGCAGUGCCAGCUACACUGGAGAGCGCUGUGACAUUAACCAGCCAGUGUGGGCGCACCUUAGUAACUCCUCCGUUGUGGGAGCUGUCGGGGCUGCAGGGGCUGCCGUUCUCCUUGCAGUUGGUGCAGCCACGGUGAUUGCCAUGAAGAGGAGGAGAGCAACUCAGGGAAGAUACAGUCCAAGCCGGCAGGAAAAAGAUGGGGCUCGAGUGGAAAUGUGGAAUGUAAUCAAGCUGCCACCAACUGAGAGGCUGAUAUAACGUGGGGUCACAGGUGCUGUGUUGUCUUUCACAGUCAUGGAACUGUUGCAGCAUUUCGGUCUUAGGCCAACUUUUGUUUUGUUUUGUUCUUUUUUGGUAGGUAGGACAGUACUGUACUGCUUUAAGCUACUUCCAGGACACAGGCAAGUACUUGCUGUUAACUUGGCAGUAAGAUUCAACUGCUUAAAUGAGCUUGGUAAUUUUAUGUUGUUCCAGUUCAUCCCAUAAAAGCUUUGUAUAGAAUUGGUCUGCAAGCAAGAGCAGUAAAGUCUGGGGAGAAAAGAUAAAGCCCUGGAGGCAGCGGUAAAAGCAAGGAAGCAAGCAGUGGCUAUGGCACAGCAGAGGUAAGGAGUAGCCCCCUAAGAGAACGCAGUGAGCUGGAAGAGGCAGCUGUGUGCUGCCAGCCUUACCGACUGCAUCCAUCCGUCAUUUCUGCAGUAACUGUCACUGCUGGCAGUCAGGGUUGCAGCACCAUGCAGCUACGUGAGGAAGUCUAAGGUUGGGGAACAACUCACUGUAUUAAGAAAUUACACUUUUUUCAAAAACAGCGUGCCUCUGCAGUGCCAAGGCAGGUGUCUGAUGGAAGGUGCCUCCUAGAGCUGCUGCUGUCCUUCCACAAGAGGACCGCAGUGAAGUACCAGUAUGCUCUAGUGCACUUCUACUAAAGCUUUUUUCCUAAGACUAGACUUUUCCUAAGACUAGACUAAGACAAGAACUAUAUUAAGUGCCUUUCUAAGACUGCCUGAGCAGUUACAGUAUUAAUGUUCUUGAAAGUAGGAUGCUUACAUGCAGACAAACUGAUGACUUGCUUUGAUCAGAUUACAAUGUUGACAUUAGCAGGCUGGGUGGUUUGUCCCCCCCCCCCCAACCCCAAUCUGUUCCUAGGUCUAGUAUCUGCCAUCCACACAGAGCAGACUGCAGUGACUCAGGCAUUGACAUUAAAAAGCAUGACCACACGACAGGUCCUUAGGAAGAGCUUUAACGCUUGAAUGUCAAGCAAUACUUGUGUGCGAAGGGGGUGAAGGAUGUUUUUUCAAGAUUUGCAGCCUUCUGGACAGCCAGGUAUGGGCUUGUCGAUACAGAAGAGUGGAAUUUAGUUAAUUAAUAUACUGAACUUUAACAUGGAACUGGUUUGUUGUAGUGAGACACAGCAUUCAUUUUCCACUUUGCUCCAAAAGGGAUAUUUAUUUUUGUGGCUUUACUGCUCCUCUGUUACUGUUUUAGCUGAUGAAUGUGCAAGUUUGUCUUUAACAUAAUGUGUCAAAGCCUGCAGAAAGAACUGCAGCAGAGCAGGCCAAA